CUGUUGACAUGUUGUGUGCUUUUUAGCUCCACGCACAAAAAACAGAUGACAGAGGGAGUAAUUUUUAGGUCUCGCGCUCUGACGUCACCGCAGCCUCGAGCCCCCCUGCAUGCAAAUCACGUCUGCGCUCGAGCCUCUCCAUUGGCCGUCCCUCGCUCAUUUAGCUGCUGUCAGAGCGCGCGGCCCGGGCACGCUCCGGUAACUUUUCCCAGUUCAGCUUCAUCCAAAGUGAAGCUGCUGCUGCUGCUCCGGAGGCUCGUGGAUGAGAGGGGGAUAAAAAAGAGAGGAAGUUUACCUGGUAGUGGAUUUUUUAAAACCGCAACACCUUUUCACCUGUGUCCCCUCACUCUUCUUCCUCCUCCUCUUCCUCGGAGGUUGAGCUGCGCGCGGGCCAGCUGAAUGUUCCUGUGCGUCUGAGUUCCAACAAGACGAGGUGAAUGUACAGCAUCAUGAUGGAGACGGACCUACAUUCCCCCGUGGUCCCCCAGACCAACCCAUCCAACCCGGGGGGACACGCGGGUGGAGGAGGCGGGGGAAAGGUCUCCCAGGACAGGAUCAAGAGACCCAUGAACGCCUUCAUGGUGUGGUCCCGGGGCCAGCGGAGGAAGAUGGCGCAGGAGAACCCCAAGAUGCACAACUCGGAGAUCAGCAAGCGGCUGGGCGCAGAGUGGAAGGUGAUGACGGAGGCCGAGAAGAGGCCGUUCAUCGACGAGGCGAAGCGGCUCCGGGCCAUGCACAUGAAGGAGCACCCGGACUACAAGUACCGGCCGCGGAGGAAGACCAAGACCCUGCUCAAGAAGGACAAGUACUCUCUGGCCGGGGGGCUCCUCGGGUCCACCGCGGGCAUGGGUGGAGGGCAGCGGCUGGACAGCCCCGUGGGAGGGCACGUGGGGGCAAACGCGGGCUACGCCACGCACGUCAACGGCUGGGCGAACGGCACCUACUCGGGCCAGGUGGCGGCUGCAGCGGCGGCGGCCCAUGCGAUGAUGCAGGAGGCGCAGCUGGCGUACACGCAACACCCGGGCUCAGGGGCUCACCCGCACCACCCGCACGCCCACCAUCACCCGCACCACCACCCGCACAACCCGCAGCCCGUGCACAGGUACGACAUGAGCGCGUUAUCGUACAGCCCCAUCUCAAACUCUCAGAGCUACAUGAGCGCGUCCCCGCCGGGGUACGGAGGCAUCACCGGCUACACCCACCAGCACCAGAGCUCCGGUGUGUCCCCGGUGUCCGGGGCCCUCGGGGGGACUCUGGGUUCUCUAGUCAAGUCAGAGCCCAGCGUGAGCCCCCCGGUUUCUACGGCGCGCGCCCCGGGUCCGUGCCCCGCGGGGGACCUGCGGGACAUGAUCAGCAUGUAUCUGCCCACCGGAGAGGCGGCCGGAGACUCGAGCGUUCACAGCAGACUGCACGUGCUCCACCCGCAGCACUACGCGAGCAGCUCCGCUCCGGUGAACGGGACGGUCCCUCUGACGCAUAUUUAAUCUGUCGGUGUUCAAGCACUCAAUCUACCAAAUAUUUACAGUGUGGGCGCAGGCUGCUGCUGCUGCUGCUGAUGAUGAUGAAGAUGACGAUGAAGAGUUGUAAAGUAAAGCGGUGAGAUCUCUCUGAUCAAACUUUCUGAUGGAUUCUGUCUGUCCGGUAAUAACGCGCUCUCUCUCUGCUCUCUGGAACAGAGCUCGCCAACUCUCAGAUUAUACUCCGUGCAGGCUGCUGGUGCUCUUUUUUUUAAGGUUAAUUUUUCCGACUUUUUUCAGUGGAAUUAAAGGCACCAGCUGUGUUUAAGGGGGAGGCGUGUGGAGGAUGUGUGUAAACGAAGUUUCAGGCUGCGGUUUAAUUGAUUUCCACUUUAAUGCUUGUAAACAUGUGAGUCAGUCGUUGUAAUUUGAAUUUGUUUCUGUUGUUGUAAAAUCUUGUACAUUGUGAAUAAAUA